AUGGCCCUGGUCACAGUAAGCCGCUCGCCCCCGGCCAGCGGCCAGUCCACGCCUGUGGGGCCCACGCAGGACCAGGUGUCCCAGCGCAGAAGCCGGCUCCAGCGAAGGCAGAGCUUUGCAGUACUCCGAGGGGCUGUCCUGGGACUGCAGGAUGGAGGGGAUGAUGGAGAUGCCCCCAGGCCCAGCCCGGAACCAGCAGAGGAGCCCCCCGGGGAAGGGCAGCCUCACGGGGACCAGACAGACAACGGGCACGGACCCCCGAGUCCUGGCAAGCAGGAGCAGAGUCAACACCUGCACCUCAUGGUGGAGCUGCUGAGGCCACAGGACGACAUCCGCCUGGCAGCCCAGCUGGAGGCGGCUCGGGCCCCCCGGCUCCGCUACCUGCUGGUCGUUUCCACCAGAGAAGGUCUGAGUCAGGAUGAGACAGUCCUUCUGGGCGUGGACUUCCCUGACAGCAGCUCCCCCAGCUGCACCUUAGGCCUGGUCCUGCCUCUCUGGAGUGACACCCAGGUGUACCUAGAUGGAGACGGGGGCUUCAGUGUGACGUCCGGGGGGCAGAGUCGGAUCUUCAAGCCUGUCUCCAUUCAGACCAUGUGGGCCACACUCCAGGUGUUGCACCAGGCGUGUGAGGCGGCUCUCAGCAGUGGUCUUGUGCCAGGGGGCAGUGCCCUCGCCUGGGCCAGCCACUACCAGGACAGACUGAGCUCUGACCAGAGCUGUCUCAACGAGUGGACAGCCAUGGCCGACCUGGAGUCUCUGCGGCCUCCCUGCGUGGAGCCCAGCCGACCCUCAGAGCAGCAGCAGAUGGAACAGGCCAUCCGGGCCGAGCUGUGGGAGGUGCUGGAUGCCAGUGACCUGGACAACGUCACUUCCAAAGAGAUCCGCCAAGCCCUGGAGCUGCGUUUGGGAUGCCCUCUCCAGCAGUACCGUGACUUCAUCGACAACCAGAUGCUGCUGCUCAUGGCCCAGCAAGAUCGGGCGUCCCGCAUCUUCCCCCACCUCUACCUGGGCUCAGAGUGGAACGCAGCGAACCUGGAGGAGCUGCAGAGAAACAGGGUGAGCCACAUCUUGAACAUGGCCCGUGAGAUCGACAACUUCUACCCCGAGCGCUUCACCUACCACAACGUGCGCCUCUGGGAUGAGGAGUCGGCCCAGCUGCUGCCCCACUGGAAGGAGACACACCGCUUCGUGGAGGCCGCCAGAGCGCAGGGCACCCGGGUGCUCGUCCACUGCAAGAUGGGCGUCAGCCGCUCGGCUGCCACAGUGAUCGCCUACGCCAUGAAGCAGUAUGGCUGGAGCCUGGAGCAGGCUCUGCGCCACGUGCAGGAGCUCCGGCCCAUCGCCCGCCCCAACCCCGGCUUCCUGCGCCAGCUGCAGACCUACCAGGGCAUUCUGACUGCUAGCCGGCAGAGUCAUGUCUGGGAGCAGAAAGCAGGUGGGGCCUCCCCAGAGGAGCCCCUGGCCCCCGAGGUCUCUACACCGUUCCCACCUCUUCAGCCAGAACCGGGGGGCAGUGGGGAGCUGAAUGCCGUGGGGUCAGAGGACAGCCAGGCAGCCCCAAAAGAAGCGCCUGGGUCACGGCCCCGUAUCAACCUCCGUGGGGUCAUGAGGUCCAUUAGCCUCCUGGAGCCACCCUCCGAGCUGGACAGCCCCUCCGGCGAUGCUGACCUGCCAGAGGUUUUCUCUUCAAAAGAAUCUUCAGAUGAGGAGCCUCCCCAGCCCUUCCCUCAGCCCUCAAGUGCCAAGGGAGGCCGGCAGGUCCGCAGGGGGCCUUGGCCUGCCCUGAAGUCCCGCCAGUCGGUGGCAGCCCUCAACAGCGCCGCCCUAGUGGCCAGCCGGACCCGGGCCUUCCAGGAGCAGGGGGAGGCCGGCUGUGCAUCCACACCCAGGCACCAGAAGAUUGUAAGGCAGGCCAGCGUGGAUAGCAGUGGGGAGGAGGGCGAGGCGUGA